GGGGAGGAGGAAGAGCCGGAGGGGGGCGGGAGCCGGUCCCAGAAGAUGGCGGAGGCGGGGGAUUUCUGGUAGGUCCUCUUUUAGGACAAGAUGCUGUAACUGUAGGAUCACCGGCCUGCUUCGAUUCACAGACAUUUGGUUUUUCCACUGGGAAGCCUUUUUUUUUUUUUUUUUUGCCUUGCCGGUUUACUGAACUUAUGAAACCAUGGCAGAAGGAAAGACAGAGUCGCCUGGGCCCAAAAAGCGCGGCCCCUAUAUUUCAUCUAUCACUAGCAGGAGCGUGAACUUGAUGAUUCGUGGAGUGGUGCUGUUUUUUAUUGGAGUGUUUCUUGCAUUAGUGUUAAAUUUACUUCAGAUUCAGAGAAAUGUGACGCUCUUUCCACCCGACGUGAUCGCGAGCAUCUUUUCUUCAGCGUGGUGGGUGCCGCCCUGCUGUGGCACAGCCUCAGCUGUGAUUGGGUUAUUAUACCCCUGCAUUGACAGGCAUCUAGGAGAACCACAUAAAUUUAAAAGAGAGUGGUCCAGUGUGAUGCGGUGCGUAGCCGUCUUUGUUGGUAUAAAUCAUGCCAGCGCUAAAGUGGAUUUUGAUAACAACAUACAGUUGUCUCUCACACUGGCUGCACUCUCCAUUGGACUGUGGUGGACAUUUGAUAGAUCUAGAAGUGGUUUUGGCCUUGGAGUAGGAAUUGCUUUCUUGGCAACCUUGGUCACUCAACUGCUAGUCUAUAAUGGUGUUUAUCAAUAUACAUCUCCAGAUUUUCUCUAUGUUCGCUCUUGGUUACCGUGUAUAUUUUUUGCUGGAGGCAUAACAAUGGGAAACAUUGGUCGACAACUGGCAAUGGUGUCAGCUCAUUUUUAAGAAUGAAGAAAGAAAUGCUGUCAGUUUCUGCGUAGGGGGGCUUGUCAUAUCAACUGGCAAGCUUCUCUCCAGGGUAUUCCUGAACAAGAAAACCUUACUUUAGGAUGUCAAUACUCACACUAAACAAAAUAAUGAAUUUCUUCAGAGGGAAAACUUGAUUUUUGGGGGCUUGGGUUAAGCCUGGAGUCCUGCCUAUAAGAUGUAGUCCUUUCUCCACUGUCCCCCCCAUUGUCACUCACCUCAUGUACUCUGGGCUGAAGACACCUCCACUUGGUUUAUCUGUUGACGUACUGACCUUCUGCCAAAUACGUUCUGUCUUCCUGAGAUCUGUCGAAAUUUCUUCAAAGAUGGCAACCCUCCUAUUCUCUUCACUAUUAUUGAUUUUAUCAUUAAAAAAUUCCUUUCUAUCAUUUCGAAAGGAUCUCAGGAAGGAGGGAAGGCAAAUUCUUGGCCUCAGUUCACCAUCUUGAAGUAGAAGCCUCUGAAAUAUCAAUUAGGCAGUCCAUGGCAUGCCCUCACAGAGUGUCUGUCACCUAAAGGCUUUGACUGUGAUGCCUUUAAAACUUCAAAGUCAUUUUAUGGAAAAAAUAAUAGGAGAUAUUUUUGAUGAAGAAAUCUUCCCAGCUGGAAGUUAUUUAUCUGAACUUUUACUUUGCAAUGUUGCAUUGUGGGUGACAUAGUAGGUCUUCAAUAAAUAUCUGUUGAACCAAUAAAUGAAUGAAUGAACAAACAUUAACCAUUAAUUAAUUAACCGUUAAUUAAAAGUCAGUAAAAGGAAGUGGAUAAUAUGUAUGCCCAGUAAAAAAAUAAAUGGAAUGAUUUAUACAUUUGUACAUCCUAUGUUUUGAUACAUUCUUUUAGAGGUGUAGAUAUUAAUGCAAACAGACUGACUUUUUAAACGAAUGUAAAUAAAUGUAUUGACGUUUAAAACAGUUGUCCUGAAAAUUAUACACUUAUUCUGAGGAUACUCACUGAUGAAAAUUUUGGGCGUUCUGGUUUGAACUUCCCUUUGGUCCUAUCCCCUUCCUUCCUUCCUUCCUUCCUUCCUUCCUUCCUUCCUUCCUUCCUUCCUUCCUUCUUUCCAGUCUUAUUUGGUUUCCUCAGUGGGGGAAAUCUUUGGCCUUUGAAGGUGUAUUUUAUUUUUUCAAAAAAGCCCAAUACAACUUUGUAUGUAUUUCUUAGAUCAGAAUGAACAAUAUAUUAUUUUUGUAGUCAAAACCAUAUGAGAAGGCAGAUCUCAAAUGGGGUAAUAAAUGCAUUAUGAAUAAAAGCUUCCAAA